AUGGCUGCGCGUUUGAACGAAAAGCUAGAAAUCUACUGGGUUAAAACAGAGAAUUAUCCCUGGUGGCCGGCACAACUCGUUUUUUCGGAGAAGGAAGCUGAAGCAAAUGAAAAAGAAGGUAGUGGAAAAGACGGAUGCACAGCAGAAAGCAACAUCCGAGUUCGAUUACUGAGUAUUGAUAAAGAAGUCACAGUCAGCAAUCCAGCGCUAAUACUCCCAUUCAAAAAUCAUGUUUUCGAGUUGAAGGAUGUGGAACUCUCUCUACGUGACAGUUUUUGCAGAGCACUGGAUUUCGCAAACAACAUUAUCAACCAUCAGACCAAUCCACAAAAGAAUGGAAUCAUCCAAUCCAAGAAACGCGAUGAUUACAUCAGUUGGGACGAGUAUUUUAUGGGACUUGCUUGUUUGAGUGCCAUGCGAAGCAAAGAUCCCAAUACGCAGGUUGGUGCUUGUAUUGUCAACGCAUACAAUCAAAUUGUUGGAAUCGGAUACAACGGAUUUCCUCGUGGAUGCAGUGAUGAUGUUUUGCCUUGGAGUCGAGAGGGCGACAACGAGCUGGACACGAAGUACAUGUAUGUUUGCCACGCCGAGAUGAAUGCCAUCUUGAACAUUAAUACUGCGAAUGCGCGAGGGUGCAAAAUGUAUGUGUCGCUAUUCCCAUGCAACAAUUGCUGCAAGAUGAUCAUUCAAUCAGGCAUUGUGGAGGUUAUUUAUCUGAGAGACAAGUAUUACGACUCGAACAUGUCUGUAGCUUCUCGUCGCAUGUUUGAUAUGGCGGGCGUGAAGUAUACGGUCUACAGCGGCAAGCGAAGUGACAUUCUCAUUCGACUUUGUGAAAAUGAUUCUCAUUGGAUUGUUUGUUCGUAA